AUGUUUGCAAGAAUUGACAAAGACACCGAAAGUCGAAUCGUGCUUGGAGCCAUCAUGUCGUUACAGUCUCUGUUCGUCCUUGGUAUGCAGUAUGGAGCAAAAGCAAAUUCUAUUCCACCUGUGGGGGGGAGUGUAUCCAAUUCGAUGAAUUCCGAAAUUAAUGGGGUAAUUGUUAAGUGGGAUGCAUCCUGUACUAAAAAGCUGAAGUCCGAGGGUAACCGAAUUCCAGCAAUGAAUCUUUUAUCAGAGAUGAAGAGAAAGCGCAGUCCACAAGGGGCAUAUGAUCUCUUGGUCAGCCUUGGAAUCUGGCAAGCUGACGAAGAUUUGGGGUUGCUAAGAAGUGGUUUUCAGCUCCGAUUCGACGACUCAGAAAUUCAAUCUGCCAAGGAGGCCUGUUCUAAUAUGCACGAUGUUGAUGAGCUUUUGAACAUUCGCGAAGAUCUUUCCUUUCAGAAGGUGUAUACAAUUGAUAGCGCUUCAACCACUGAAAUAGACGAUGGUCUUUCAGUAGAAAAAUUUACCAAGGAUGAUGGUUCAAAUGGAAAGCGCUUUUGGAUCCACAUUGCAGAUGGGGAGCGGUGGGCACCACCCGGUUCUCGAGUUUUUGACAUAGCAAAACAACGUGCCACUUCGUUGUACUUGCCACAAGGAUCCAUUCCGAUGAUUCCAGAAAUACUUUGUACCGAAAAGAUGUCACUGAAUGCAAAUGCUGAGAAAUGUUCACUGUCUUUGGGCGUAGAGCUAGCACCUGAUGGCUCGGUCAUCGAUUCAAGUAUUAGAAUGACAGCGUCGACCAUCAAAGUUUCCUAUCGUUUAACAUACGACGAUGUUGAUGAAAUGCUGGAAGAUGGUAUUGCCUACAACGAGGAAUGGGAGCUGGGGGAAUUGUUCGCAGCAGCAAAGACCCGAAGAGACUAUAGGAUAAGAAAUGGUUCUGCAGAAGCUUUCGUUCCAACACAAAUCCCGCAAUAUAGCAUCUCUACUUAUACGGAUGAUGUCUCUCACGACAACGUGGGAAUUGCUUUGAAUAUCCAAGUUUCACACAAUGGAGGAAAGAACCAAUCUAUGGUAGAUUGCCAUGACAAAAGUGCGACUAUGACAUAUGCCACACCAGUUUCAGCUGCAUCUAUGUUGGUCACAGAAAUGAUGAUCCUUGCUGGAGAGGCAGUAGGGCGUUGGAAAAUGUGGGAGAGGAAGCAAAAUUCUCAUGGUUGCUCUCAGGAUCAUUUGAGACACUUGCUUCGUAUACCAUUCAGGACGCAGCCAAGUCCAGACUACAGAUCUCGAAUGCGAGAAAAAUCGAUAAUGGAGGACCUGCUCAAUAAUGACACUGGGGGUGGUCUUUGUCAUGCUUGGUACGCUCGAAGAUUUUUCUCCCCUGCAGAGAUAAGGGAAGUGCCAUCGCCGCAUUCUGGCUUAGGAAUCGAGUGCUACACCCAAUGGUCAAGUCCCAUUCGAAGAUUCGGAGACUUACAAGUCCAUGCUACCAUCAAGAGAUACCUUCGGAGAAAACGGAUGAUGGAAAUGAAACUGAACGGAUCAACUAUUCCUUCCAACAUCACCUUCAACGAUAUUGGGUGUGACCCCGAGCUUUUCGCCACAGAGGCGACGCUACCCCUCCUGAACAUGACGGACACAGACAUCGAUUUCACACAUGGCCUUGCUUCCUUGAAAGCUGCCCGAGUUGUCCAACGAUCGUCUCAAACUUAUUGGAUGCUCGAAUUCAUUAGACGGAUUGAUCGCAGCAAAACUUUUGAAGCCGUGAUUCUUGGGUGUAGAAACCCGUCGCGAAAGCAGUAUAUGAUAUACAUCCAUGAACUAGGAUUGGAGUGGCAAUACACCAGCCCUGUCGACAAUCUAACUUCCGGAACAAGGAUGGUUGUUAAAGCAACAAACAUCCUGCCUCGUAAUGGUCAAAUGACACUUGUCCGUGUUCAUUUCUAG